AUGGGGUCCCGGACAGCUGCGAUGCACAGCUCCACGAGAAGUGCGAGAAACAAUACCAGGCUCCUGAGCUGCCUUCGCGCGCUGAAGAGAGCCUUAGCUCGGGCACAGCCCAACCAUCGCCGAGAGGCCAUACAGCUGCUAUCACUGCCCUUGCGGCGUGAGCUUCUUUGGCUCAUGGAGUCCGUUCCGAGCUCGCCCACGCCGGCGGCCACUGCGGCACGGCCUGUGCCUGAUUGCCAUGGCACACCAGCUGCCAGAGGCCUCGGGUCCGGUACCAAGCUCUGCCGGAUGCAGGGCCGACGUGGCCUUCAGAAG